AUGGUGAUAGGAGGAGAUGAAGCAGAGAGCAUUGAUAUAAAUGAAUGGCAGAUAUCGGCAAUUGAAAGCUGCAAAAAUUUGGGCUCUACUAUACAAACAAACGGCCUAAUAGAGAAAGAGAUAAAGAGUAAAAUUAAUCAAGGGUGCUUAAAGUGGAGAUCUUUAUCUGGAGUGCUCCUUGACAAAAGAAUCCCAGACAAAUUGAAGAGAAAAAUUUACAUUUUCAUAGUAAAAACAACUAUUUUAUAUAGUUCAGAAACAUGGUCAACAAAAGAAUUAGACGAGAGAAGUCUACAAACUAUGGAGAUGAGAAUGUUGAGGAUGAUUGCUGGGGUAACAAGAAAUGAUAAGGUGCGAAGUACAAGAAUAUUUGGAAGUUUAAAGGAAGUGAAGUGCCCAUUAAGACUAAGAUAA